UUCCUUCACCCUUUGCACGCGUUUCCCCUCCCCCCAACACACAGGGCGCUAGUCCUAUACGGACUCAGUGGCCUCGGGGACGGAGCGUGCCACCCCCUGUCGUGACGUCACUUGGGGUAGAACCCUUAGACACUACAUGGGGGUUGGGGGGAGCAGAGCUCCCAGAGUCAGGACAGUCACUCACUCUCCAAGCGGUGGGGCUGGGCCAGACAGUACCGCCCCCACCGCGCCCGCCUCGCACACCCUCGGAAGCGCAGGCUCGCAGCGCGGCGCUGGGGGGGGGGCUGCUCCCCAGAACCUCGGCCUCCAGUCCCCAGCCCGCUGUACCUCCUUACCCUCUAGAGGCCCCCCUUUACCCUCUAGAGGCAUCAGGAGUUGUCGCAAGGGGCCCUUGGGAAAUUCCCUGGACCCCUGUGCCAGGAGGUGCCCGGUUCGCCCGCUCCCCAUCCACCCCCCCGAGGGCGGUGCCCGGGGGCGCUGCCCCAUGGAGCGGGGAGGCGGGCGCCGUCUGCUGCGGGAGCUGUGACCUGAGUAGGAGCUGUGUGUCGCAGCCACCCCACCCCUGCCGAUCAUGCGCCGGCGACCCUGGUUCGCCAGUCCCACUGGGCUGUGAGCCCCCCACUCCUGGCCUGUCACGGCCCGCGCGCCAUGGGCAGCGCCCACCCUCGCCCCUGGCUGCGGCUCCCACCAGGGCCCCAGCCGCGGCCUGAGCUCUGGGCGCUCCUGUUCUUCCUACUGCUGCUGGCUGCUGCUGUGCCCAGGUCAGCACCCAACGACAUCCUGGGCCUCCGCCUACCCCCAGAGCCUGUGCUCAACGCCAACACAGUGUGCCUGACAUUGCCCGGCCUGAGCCGGCGGCAGAUGGAGGUGUGUGUGCGUCACCCUGACGUGGCCGCCUCUGCUAUCCAGGGCAUCCAGAUCGCCAUCCAUGAGUGCCAGCAUCAGUUCCGGGACCAGCGCUGGAACUGUUCCAGCCUGGAGACUCGGAACAAAGUCCCCUACGAGAGCCCCAUCUUCAGCAGAGGUUUUCGAGAGAGUGCUUUCGCCUACGCCAUAGCAGCUGCCGGGGUGGUGCACGCAGUGUCCAACGCGUGCGCCCUGGGUAAACUGAAGGCUUGCGGUUGCGAUGCCUCCAGGCGUGGGGACGAAGAGGCCUUUCGUCGGAAGCUGCACCGCUUGCAGCUGGACGCCCUACAGCGCGGAAAGGGCUUGAGCCACGGGGUCCCGGAGCACCCUGCCAUACCCCCUGCCAGCCCAGGCCUGCAGGACUCCUGGGAGUGGGGUGGCUGCAGUCCGGAUGUGGGCUUUGGAGAACGCUUCUCCAAGGACUUUCUGGACUCCCGAGAGCCUCACAGAGACAUCCACGCACGCAUGAGACUCCACAACAACCGUGUGGGCAGGCAGGCGGUGAUGGAGAACAUGCGGCGAAAGUGCAAGUGCCACGGCACCUCAGGCAGCUGCCAGCUCAAGACCUGCUGGCAGGUGACGCCGGAGUUCCGCACAGUGGGGGCGCUGCUGCGCAACCGCUUCCACCGCGCCACGCUCAUCCGGCCGCACAACCGCAACGGUGGCCAGUUGGAGCCCGGCCUCGCGGGAGCACCCUCGCCAGCACCGGGUACUCCAGGGCUGCGCCGUAGGGCCAGUCACUCCGACCUGGUCUACUUUGAGAAAUCGCCCGACUUCUGUGAGCGCGAGCCUCGUCUGGACUCGGCAGGCACUGUGGGGCGCCUGUGCAAUAAGAGCAGCACGGGUCCAGACAGCUGCGGCAGCAUGUGCUGUGGCCGCGGUCACAACAUUCUGCGCCAGACGCGCAGCGAGCGCUGCCACUGUCGUUUCCACUGGUGCUGCUUCGUGGUCUGCGAAGAAUGCCGCAUCACUGAGUGGGUCAGCGUCUGCAAGUGAGCGGGCCCAAGCUCCUCUGGGUCUCAAGAAAGGUUCUCCUCCUGGUGCCUGGCUUCUGCCAUUAGCGACCUGGGCCAGGCAGCAGCAGCCUUGGCUCCUGAGAGAGAUGGUUGACUCUUAACAGCCCUGAGGGUCUGCAAUCACCGGACAGUCCAGAUCUGACUGACGUCCAUCUACUCACUUCUGUGGGUUCCCCUCUUUCUGUUCCUAGCUCAGGCAGGUGGGGGUGGUAGUGGAGACUGCCCCACACCCUAGGACAUGUCACCAAAGCAGCCCAGCCUGGCAGGCCCACCGCCUGUCAACUCUUCUCCCCUUCUCCAGCAGUGUUGGGCAAUGCACUGAAGCUGGUGGGCACUGGGAAGAAAACGCAGAAAUGGGCGUCAUUAGGCUGAAGUGUCUUUCUAAGGGCUCUAGAUCUCCCCCUCCACAGACUUCUGCUCCUGUCUUUUUCACUUAACGGAUAUUUAUUUUACACUCUCUUUUUGACACUCUCUGGGGAAAAAGAAGCCUCUGGGAGUUUACAGGCUGAUUAAGGGACAUGGACAAUAAACCAGUAAACACA